AAUGUCAAUUUUUUGGUCGUCUUGUGUUUUGCUUGAGACUUUUUUCUAAAUAAUCGGAUUUUUUCCUCAAAACCACCCACUUCUCGCCCACUUUCCAUCCCAAAAACACCUCAAAAGGCAUUCCCGGAGACACCUAGCCAGCUCCUUGCGAGUGUCACGCGCGAGUGAAAGUGCAAUCGCGAAGGAAUUGUCGUCACACGGAGUGGGUCAGAAAAUGAAAGUGAUCUGAAUUUUGUGUCUCAACAAAAGAUCAAUGAACUUUUUUUGUAAAUAGCCAAGAAAAGUUGUGGUAAAACGUCCUCAAAGUGUUGAAGAUACACAGGGCAGAGGAAUGAUGGACACAGGACACCUUCUUGUCCCUCGAGACUCAGACUGCGGUUCUGCUGUUAAUCCACUGAUUGCGGAUGAUUCAGCUACCCCAGAAGCCGUGGAGGAGACCAAGACGAUACGGGACACAAAUGAAGACUGUGCGGAGUCUCAGGGUCUCCUGGAACUCGAAGUGGUGUCUGUGCGACUCCCCGUGAUUGGGAUGACAUGCCAAUCGUGCGUGAGGAAUAUUGAGGGGAAUAUUGGGACCAAAAGUGGUGUUCACACCAUUCGUGUAUCUCUGCCUGAGAAGGCUGCAUUUAUUGAUUUCAAUCCCACCCUGACAAAUGCUGAGGCCCUUGCAGCUAGCAUUGAGGACAUGGGCUUUGAGUGUCCGUACCCGCUGGAGAAUGGUGAUGCAUCGCCAGUGGGUGAGGAGGUGCGGAUUCACAUUGAGGGGAUGACGUGUAAUAGCUGUGUGAAGAAUAUUGAGGGAACAAUUGGGGUGCGAGAAGGAAUUUUGGGAAUUGCAGUGAGUUUAGCUGAAAAGGAGGCAAGAGUGCGGUACAAUCCGAAGCUGUGGGUGUCCAGUGAUAUUGCAGCAGCCAUUGAAGAUAUGGGCUUUGAUGCGCACGUCAAGGAUGCCGCGGGAGUGGAGGAGAAGGGCAAGAGGGAAGAGAAAAGCCCGCCAAAACAGCGACGUCCCCUUUCGGAAUCUCUCAUUAUGCUGGGUGGACCACAUCAGAGUGCCAAAGAAUCCACAAAUUGGACAAAGUGCUUCCUCCACAUUCAAGGGAUGACCUGUGCAAGCUGCGUGGCUGCCAUUGAGAAGCACUGCCGGAAGAUUUUUGGUGUAGACAGUAUCCUUGAGGGGAUGACGUGCGCCAGUUGCGUCAAUAAAAUCGAACAAACAGUACUCAAGUGUCCGGGAGUCACCUACGCCGCCGUCGCACUCACCACGAGGCGCGGCAAAUUCCGCUUUAGCAAUGAACAAACAGGACCACGCACCAUUUGCGACAUAAUCACCUCGCUUGGCUUCGAGGCGAGUCUCCUGUCGAAUAAGGAUAAAAUGGCUCACAGCUAUCUCGAACACAAAGAAGAGAUCCGGAAGUGGCGAACUGCCUUCCUGAUCUCCCUCGUUUUCGGGGGUCCCUGUAUGAUUGCUAUGAUUUACUUUAUGAUCGAAAUGGAGUAUCAUACGCAUGAGGAGAUGUGCUGCGUCCUGCCGGGGCUCUCAAUGGAGAAUCUCGUGAUGUUUGUCCUUUCCACACCUGUUCAGUUCUUCGGUGGAUGGCAUUUCUACGUCCAGGCGUACCGAGCUGUACGUCAUGGAUCGACGAAUAUGGAUGUUCUCAUCACAAUGGCAACGACAAUUAGCUACAUUUACUCUGUGGCUGUUCUUGUGGCUGCAAUGGUGUUGCAACAGGUGACGUCGCCACUUACAUUCUUCGAUACACCCCCAAUGUUGCUGAUCUUCAUUAGUUUAGGGCGAUGGUUGGAGCAUGUGGCCAAGGGGAAGACUUCGGAGGCUCUGUCGAAGUUACUCUCGCUCAAGGCAACGGAAGCCACGCUGGUGUCGGUGAAUGAUAACUUUGAAGUUCUCGCCGAGAAGGUGAUUUCCGUGGAUUACGUUCAGCGCGGGGAUACGAUAAAAGUCGUUCCGGGGAGUAAAGUUCCCGUCGAUGGGAAGGUUCUUUUUGGGAAUUCCACGUGCGAUGAGAGUCUCAUCACGGGAGAAUCGAUGCCGGUGCCGAAGAAGAAGGGAAAUGUCGUCAUUGGGGGUUCAAUCAAUCAGAAUGGGCUCCUCUUCAUGACAGCCACGCAUACGGGGGAGAAUACAACCCUGGCGCAGAUUGUGCGUCUCGUGGAGGAAGCACAGACAUCCAAAGCGCCCAUACAGCAGCUGGCGGACAAGAUUGCCGGCUACUUUGUCCCCUUUGUCAUUGCUGUGUCCACAAUCACCCUCAUUGGGUGGACAAUUAGUGGGUACAUCGAUAUAAAUCACCUCCCAAUGACUGAAGCCCAAAAACGUGGUCUCAAUCGCGAGGAGAUCAUCUUCAGCUACGCCUUCCGCUGUGCCCUAAGUGUCCUCGCCAUUGCCUGUCCCUGUGCCCUCGGCUUAGCCACACCAACAGCCGUAAUGGUGGCCACGGGUGUGGGGGCCCUCCAUGGGGUGCUCGUCAAAGGAGCUGGACCCCUGGAAAACGCCCACAAAGUCAAAACAAUUGUCUUCGAUAAAACAGGCACAAUCACCCACGGAAUGCCAAUGACCUCACGCAUUUGUCUCUUCACAAAGCCCCACGUGUGCUCCCUGGCGCGUCUCCUGACCAUCCUCGGAGCAGCUGAGAGCAACAGUGAGCACCCCAUAGCCACGGCAGUCGUGAAGUUCGUCAAAGAAAUGCUAGAAGUGGAUGUUUUCGGCAAAUGCGCCAGCUUCAUGUCAGUACCCGGAUGUGGGAUCAUGUGCAAGAUCUCCAACAUUGACACGAGCCUCGAGAAGGGACUCAAAUCCGAAAAGAUAGCCAACUAUGAGAAUGCUAAGAGGAGUGGCGGGGAAUUGGUGCUCGUCAAUGGCGUAGCCAUUGAGGAAAUUAUUCCGGAACUUUCGUCAUCGGAGCGCAAGACAAAGGAACUCCAGCAACUCCUGCAGAUUGACAAGAGUGAUGAGAACAUUGAUGGGGAAGCUUUUGAGAAGGUGUCGGAGUAUCGUGUUCUAAUUGGCAAUCGUGAGUGGAUGCAUCGCAAUACAAUCCACGUGCCACCGGAAGUGGGGGCAAAAAUGUCCGAGGAGGAAGCCAUGGGGCACACGGCAAUACUGUGUGCCAUCAACAAUAGCCUCGUGGCCAUGGUGUCGGUGUCGGAUAUGGUGAAGCCCGAGGCGCAUUUGGCGGUUUUCACGCUGAAACGCAUGGGGGUGGAGGUGAUCCUCCUGACGGGCGACAAUAAGAACACAGCGGCGAGUAUUGCGCGCCAAGUGGGCAUCCAGAGGGUCUUCUCGGAGGUGCUGCCGUCGCACAAGGUGGCCAAGAUUCAGCGAUUGCAGGAGAGUGGUGUUCGCGUGGCAAUGGUGGGUGAUGGGGUGAAUGAUAGCCCAGCCCUGGCACAAGCUGAUGUGGGGAUUGCCAUUGCGGCAGGGACGGAUGUGGCUGCUGAGGCAGCUGAUGUGGUGCUGAUGCGCAAUGAUUUGCUGGAUGUUGUGGCGUGUCUGGAUCUCUCGCGGAAGACUGUUAAGCGAAUACGGCUGAACUUUCUCUUUGCCAGCAUGUACAAUCUCCUUGGGAUUCCCCUGGCUGCUGGGGUGUUCAGCCCCUUUGGCUUCAUUCUCGAACCGUGGAUGGCUUCCGCCGCCAUGGCAGCUAGUUCCGUGUCAGUCGUGUGUUCAUCGCUUCUUCUCAAACUGUACAAAAAACCCUCACUGGCAUCCCUGCAGACGCCAGAAUACCUCCAAUUGGUGGACUCAGGAGGGCAUCUUGAUCCGGACGCUGUGUCUGUCCAUCGUGGUCUCGAGGAUAUUCCACGACCAGAUUUUGGUAGAUCAAAUAGCUCCACUUUGUCCAGAAUUUUCGGUCGGGGUAAAAGCUCUUCUGAGCCCCGACUUCUGGCGGAGGACGAUAAGAUGCGCAUCGAAGUGGUGCGUUCGGGUAAGUCCAAAUCCAAAUCCUACCGUGAUUGUACGGAAAUGCAGAAAUUGUGAGAGCAGAAAAUGAGGAAUUAUUUGUGAUAAAAAAAAAAACAAUGUAAAUGUGGAACAUCGAGGGAUGACCCAGGAUGGACUUCCAGAGGAGCCUUCUUUUGCCGAAAGACAGUACUUAGGAUGUUUUUCUAAUCAUUUUACUCUCUUUUUUUAUUUUUAUCUUUGUACAUCAGUAAGAAUAAAAAAAAACAUCUCAUUGAGCUUUGAA